UUUGUCUUUCUUUAUUCAAAUAAUCGGGAUGUGGUGGUGACCAAAAACACCCUAUUCUUCUGGUGUUGGAACAUUUGACCUGUGUAGCCAAUGGCUUCCUAGUGCCUGUAGGCAUCUUAGAAGGUUGAACUUCUAGGCAGGUAAAUCACACUUGUUUAACUGGUUGUUGUCGGUUGGCUUUUGGCAUCUCUGAAUGUUGAGUUUCUUGAAUUGCGGAUCUUUUCACACUUUUAGUCGUCUCUGGAUGUCAUACCCUUCUUGUUCCCAUCUGGUCAGCUGAGUUUUUCUUUAUGGUGCCUUCCUUCAUAUGUCUGGCACAAUGAAACGUAAAGGAAUCCUCAUAAACGCCUCCUUGUUCUCCAUCGUGACUUUUCUGAUGGUGAGAUGGUCCAUGAACACCAGAGACAUACCCCGAACGAUGCGUCUUGCCCCAACACCAGCCAGAACGCCGCUCCCUAUAAUGAGACAAUCAGUAACCCUGUCGAGUGGCACUCACACUUAUCAUCUGAACCUAACCAGGUUUGAGGCGGAGUUCCCCCAACUACAGAGUUACAAUUGCACACUCAUCAAGGAGCCAAACCAAGAGGAACAGGAAACAACCAACCAAAAACUGCUGAUCCUGGCGGUGAAAUCCCAACCCGGUAAUGGGGCAAUGAGAUCAGAACUACGGAAGACAUGGGCUAAAGAGAGAGAGAUAAACGGAUACAGAAUUAAACCGAUAUUCUUGUUGGGAAAGACGGGUGUGAAAGGACAUAUGGAAAUGGCCAAAUAUGAGAGCCAAGAAUACGGUGACAUUCUACAAUGGGACAUGACCGAAGGACACCAUAACUUGUCCUUGAAAGAACGCUGCUUCUUGGAGUGGCUGUAUCUGAAGUCACCUCAAGUGGAUCACAUUUUUAAAGUUGACGAUGAUGAAUUUGUGAACCCAGACGUGAUUGUACAGUAUAUUACAGAAUAUGGAUCCCCAGAUACAAUUCAUGGUUUUCACUAUCAUAGGCCACCUGUCCUGCGUCAGACCAAAUACAGCAUCACAAAGACUCUGUACCCUCAGCAACAUUAUCCAGCUUUUGUCUCCGGUGGCGGUUUUCUGUUCCCGGGACCCUCAGUGAUCGGCCUGUACAACGCCUCCCUUCUACUCCCUGUUUUCCCAUUGGACGACGUAUAUUUUGGAUUUCUCUCCGUGGCGGCCAACCUAUCCUUUCGGCAUGACAGCCGCUUCUACGUGAAAGGAUUAAAGUACGAUGUGUGUAAGUACAAAGAAGCCCUGGUGGUCCACGGUAUUAAUGCGGAGUUCAUGGCACGGAUAUGGAAGGAACUACAGAACAGCGAAUGCUCAAUGUCACACCAAGCUGGCAGACAGACGAAUAACUUUUACAAAGGGGAAAAAAAUGAUUCCUCAACACAAGGACUAAAACACACCUGACUGGAUGUUGGAGGCUAAAUAAUGGUUUUAUUUUUUUAGAAUAUUAUAAUUAUUUAUGGUAAGGCGAUUUGGAAGGUCCUUAUGUGCCCCAUAUUGUUUCUUUUUAAUGGUGAUAGUUGACUAAGCAAGUAGCAAAUCCAAUAUUGGGCUAGUUUGCUGGAUCUCUAAAUUACAUGGGCACUGUACUCCAUUUAAAUUUUUCACAACUAUCACAACUUUUUUUUUAAUUAUGUGUUCAAAUGUAUUAA